GGGCUGCACCUAGAACAAAACUACAAAUCCCAUUCGCCCGCGCGGUUGCCGGGGUGGGGAAAACGAGUUUGAGAAACGGACGAGUUGUGUUGGCGGGAGGAGUCACCGCCUGCGUGAGGACUAUGUAGGGCUGAGGAAGGAAAGCCGGGGCUUGAGUUUAUGAGCUGAAAAAACCGGCGACCCUUUGAGAUGACCCCUCUUGGGAUUCGGUGUGGGGAGCAAUUAACCUGCCAGGAGUGUCCGCACUUGGAGAUAUCCCAUGCUGUCCCUACAGAGGCUGGGCAGAGUUUGGAUUGCCCACUGGAAUCUAGCUCAAAGAGUCUUCCAGAAUGGGCAAACAUAUAAGUGUGUGAAGUGGACUGGGUACUGUUCUUGGGUUUGGUGCUCACACGUGAACCCUCAGGAUUUCCCGGUAAGCUGGAACAGAAAGCCUCACAAUCACAUACAGAACUGUUCCAUUCAUCUCAGUCCUGCUAACAUGAAAUCUGAAGGCGAUGAGCCAACACCAAAACGAAGGAGAUGUAGUGAGGACCAGGACAUUAGCUUCAGUCCUAAUGAACAAUUGAGUACCUCUUUUCCAAAUGAAGCUUUAGUGUUUCAGAAUAAACCUCAACAUGAAGAAGAAAGCCUUCCAAAACCAAGAGGUGUGAUCAAAAGAUCCUGGGAAUAUUUUUGUCAGAAGAGUAAAAAAAUGAAGAUCCUUGAAGAGGAUAAGCAGAUCAGUCAGGACAAUAAAGAACUACAGGAAAAGUUUGAUUUUACUGUGAUGUCAUACAACAUUCUUUCCCAGGAUUUAUUAGAAGACAACUCCCACCUGUAUAAACACUGCAGACACCAAAUACUAUCUUGGAACUAUCGGUUUCCCAACAUUCUCUCAGACAUCAAACGGCUGGAUGCAGAUGUACUUUGUUUACAAGAGGUCCAAGAAGACCAGUAUGGAAAGGAAAUCAAGCCCAGUUUGGAAGCCUUAGGCUACCAUUGCGAAUACAAGAUGAGGACAGGAAGGAAACCUGACGGCUGUGCUAUUUGCUUCAAGAUCUCCAAGUUUAGCCUGCUCUCCUCAAACCCAGUGGAAUUCUUCCGCCGCGAUAUCCCACUGUUGGACCGAGAUAAUGUAGGGUUGGUUGUGCUCCUGCAGCCUCGGUUUCACUGUAAAGUCAGUGCAGCUAUAUGUGUGGCCAACACACAUCUGCUAUACAACCCAAGACGGGGGGACAUUAAGCUAACCCAAUUAGCAAUUCUGCUGGCUGAAAUCACCAACGUGGCCAUUCAAGAAGAUGGACGUUUCUGUCCCCUUGUCCUCUGUGGUGACUUUAACUCUGUCCCUUACUCUCCGCUGUACAAUUUCUUAAAGGAAGGAAAACUGAACUAUGAAGGACUUCCUAUAGGGCAAGUAUCUGGACAGGAACAGUCUCCUAAGGGUAAAAGGAUACUCUCUAUUCCCAUUUGGCCUGAAAGUCUUGGCAUCUCUCAGGACUGCAUGUAUGAGGAACAGCAGAAGCAACUAGAAAGAGAAAGAGAUAGAGGAGAGGCUAAAGAAAGUGCAUUGGAGGCUGCAGAGGAGAUCAUAAUAGUAUCACAAAGGUUACCUACAGAUUUACACCAUAGUUUUCAGUUGUCUUCGGCCUACACUCAUUAUUUGCCUGAUAGUGGACUUCCAGAAGUAACGACUUGCCACUCAAGAGGCGCAGUCACUGUGGAUUACAUCUUCUAUUCUGAAGCAAGAGACAUAUUUGAGCAACCAGGAGCUGAACGUAUUUUUGAUGGAGGACUGAAACUUUUAGGUAGAUUAUCACUCGUAACAGAAAAAGACCUGUGGAUGGUUAAUGGACUUCCUAAUGAAACCAACUCCUCUGACCAUCUCCCUCUCCUAGCUGAGUUCCGACUAGAAGAAUAACACACAAAUAAUUGACUGUCCUAUUUUCCCUUCUUCUUGGUUUUUGCUUGAUUCUCCAGUGGCAGGAAAAACUGCAGGCAGCAUGUCUCUCUCAUAGGUUUGUGUUUUGUAUUUUUUUUAAAAAAAGCUUUUGUAAAUUAUUGAAGCUGUUCAGAUAAACAAAUGGCAGCUUUACCUUGUUAAUAAUGGGGAAAUACUGUGCUGUAUUUUUUAAAAAAAAUUCACUGCUUUUCACAGAGAUGGUAUAAAGUGCUUUCUAAAAUGUAAGUGAUGACAAGUUUGUGGUGUAAUGGGAACCUUUGUCUUUCCUGUAAAAUAUCCUGAAGAAUUUUGUAAGGUUUGUAUCUAAUGCAAAUGCCUUUCAGUGUAUCAAUUUCUCCGUUGUCUGUAAAAAAAACUUUGGAUGAUGGGUUGAAAUAUAUCUGCCUCCUUUCACCCUC